UCCGCGUUCGGUCUGUGUUAAUUCGUUCCUUUUGAUUCCCUCGGUCCCGUGAAAUUACCCGUGAUUGUGAUUCAUACUGGCUUUCGGGCAACCGCGGCGUCCGAUGUUGUUGAUAAUCGCUGCGAACGCUAACCUUGGACGUGAACCGUGCGGUGAGCGGCGAUAAGAGAAAGCACAAGUUCGUCCGUGUCGUAAUGCUUUUCGUGUUCUUGGCUUCCUACCGGUUCGGAAUAUCGAUGUGAAUAAAGUGCUGCUUUUGCGUCCGUUUCUAUUAUUACCCUUGCGCGUGUGCCGGGUUCUGAGUUCUCCCGUUGUCCGCCACUGGAUGCUGGAAAAAAAUCUGUUCGGCUGCAUCCCGAUGGUUUCUUGCGACAGGUGUUGGGGUAGUGUGGGUCGCUCAAUGCGCUUGUGCAUCCGUCCUUGAGAAAUUGGAAAGUAAACGCUGGCCAGACCACUCUCGCACACGCGGAACCAUCGGGUGCAAAGUGCGGCUUACACACGACGAUUCGAUUUGCUCACAUUCAACAGUCUCAGCCCAGCAUCCGUCGGUGCGCGAGAGCGAGAGGGGCGCGAUUGUUGAUCGAAUUAUUUGGUUGGCCAUCUGCCAAAGCGCCCAAACGCAAACAUUGGGCAAAUCGAUUGGAAGCGGCUGACAUCAUCGACGGGAACAUGCCGCAGUUGAGCAGCUGAGGAUCGUUCGAUUGGUACGACAGAGGAGCGCUACGGUUGCUCUCGGGAGCAUCCGGAUGAUCGGCGACGGUGGAACGCAGGGUUCCCGUUGGUGCCACAGCUGACCAAGCGAGAGGAAAACUGGAAUAUUCCAUUCCCCCCCCCAGAAAGCCCUAGCGCAGCAGCACGUGCCGAACGAUGUUCUUCCGCGGAGGGCUCAGCAUCCGGCGCAAUCUGUACUCGAAGGUGCUGCUGCUGCUGGCUCUGGGGCUGUUUGCGUUGUUCUACUUCAAGAAUCUCACCGGAUCACCGAACGCACUCGGGACCGACCCGGUACAGCCGCCGCAGCAGCAUCCGAAAGCAGCGCUCGGGCUGGUGCAAAGCGACAGUCGGAGCGCCGGAGGCGAUGGUCAACUGCUGCUGGCGGCCGAGGCAGCCCUGGGCAGCGUGCUGAACAAGGGUAACGUGCUCACCGGAAACAGUGACGCCCUGUUCGAGCAGCUGAUACGGGCCGAUCUGGCCAAACAGCGGCCCGGUCUUGGCAACAACGGGGAGGGCGUCGAACUGACGGGCGACGCGAAGGAGAUCGGCGAGAAGCAGCUCGCGACGAUCGCGCUGAACGAGGAGCUGAGCGAACACCUGAGCUACAACCGGACGCCACCGGAUGGGCGACAUCCGGCCUGCAAGCGGAAACAGUACGACAUCGCCAGCCUGCCGUCGACGAGCGUGAUCGUCAUCUUCUACAACGAGCCAUACUCCGUGCUCCUGCGCACCGUUCACAGCGUGCUGAAUACGGCCGAUGCGCGGCUGCUGAAGGAGAUUGUGCUCGUCGACGAUGGCAGCACGAACGUGGAGCUCAAGGCGAAACUUGACUACUACGUCAAGAGCCGGUUGCCGUCGAAGGUGAAGGUGCUCCGGCAGCGGCAACGUGUUGGACUGAUCAGGGCCCGCCUGGCCGGGGCUCGGCUCGCGAAAGCGGAUGUACUAGUCUUCCUCGAUGCACACUGCGAGUGCAUGCCGCAGUGGCUGGAACCACUGCUCGAGCGGAUCAAGGAAUCGCACACCAGCGUCCUAGUGCCGAUCAUCGACGUGAUAGAGGCGAAAAACUUCUACUACAGCACGAACGACUAUAACGACUUCCAGAUUGGAGGGUUCACCUGGGACGGACACUUUGACUGGCACGAUGUGACGAAGCGAGAGCGGGAACGGCAGAAGCGCGAGUGCCAGGAGAAGGACGUCGAGAUCUGUCCCACGUACAGCCCGACGAUGGCGGGCGGUUUGUUUGCGAUCGCGCGCGACUACUUCUGGGACAUUGGCAGCUACGACGAGCAGAUGGAUGGCUGGGGUGGCGAAAAUCUCGAAAUGUCGUUCCGCGUGUGGCAGUGCGGCGGAACGCUGGAAACGAUCCCCUGUUCCCGCAUCGGGCACAUCUUCCGGGACUUCCAUCCGUACUCAUUCCCCAACGAUCGCGAUACCCACGGUAUCAACACCGUCCGGAUGGCCGUCGUGUGGAUGGAUGACUACGUGGAGCUCCUGUACCUGAACCGACCCGAUCUGAAGGAUCAUCCGGAACUGGGGGACGUAACGCACCGGAAGGUGCUGCGAGAGAAGCUGCACUGCAAGAGCUUCAACUGGUACAUGACGAACGUGUACCCGGAGAAGUUCAUUCCGACGCGCAACGUGCUCGCGUUCGGCCGGCUGGCGUCGCAAGCCGACAGCCUGUGCCUCGACACGCUGCAGCAGAACGCGGAAAAGCCGUGGAAUCUGGGCAUCUACACGUGCUUCAAGCCAGAAGUGUCCGCUUCGCAGCUGUUCUCGCUCACCAAGCGCGGUGUCCUGCGCAAUGAGCGCAGCUGCGCGACGGUGCAGGCCAGCAAGUCGGAGUCCAAGUUCGUGGUGAUGAUACCGUGCAUCGACGAUGACGACAUCGACGACACGUGGGAGUUUACCGAGCACCGGCAGUUGCGCCACAAGGAGUCCGGCCUCUGCCUGGACAGUAGCGACCUGUCGACGAAGAGCUACGUACACGUAGCGACCUGCCAUCCGGGAAUCAAGACCCAGAAGUGGGAGUUUCAGCACCAGUAGUGGGCGGCGAGAGUGUGAACGAGUGAGCGUGAGCGGAGAUGCGUGAAUGCGUGUUAGGAUAGCUAGGGAACGUAUCGAAUGGCAGGAUUUAGGUUUGGUGGUGGCACCAACGUCACUGAAAGCAUCACAACCCACUACCGUAGACCACUAUUAGUUCGCCCGUAAACUAAUACUACUAACCGUACUUCGACUGGAAGCAAAACAUUACCUCGUUAAACGUUGAUAAACCUCGGGGACGCCUGUCCGCGUCAGGCGAGGGCAAUGGAAUGGUUCCCCGUUUCGGGUCCCGGGUUACGGCAUCGCUGAACUAACAGUGUUUUCGUAUUUAGGUUUCGGUUUUGAAUGCGUAGCUUCCACAGGUGCGUUCCAUUCUUUUCGUUGAAAGGUUAGUGAAGGCCGGAAGCGCGUUUAGAUCGUGAAGGGUGAAUCUUUUGCAUUUUCGGCAGAUUGAUUGGAGAAACCCACAACCACCCAGCCAGAGUGCUAGAAAUCGAAGUAUUUUUUCUGCUCAAAACAUAGACAACUAAUUACCGGUAACCACGGAACUGAAUGGAUCUUUCAUGCUCAAAGUAAGGACAGAUAAAACCGAAACCUCCGCACGUUAGGAAGCACUUUUGUCCGUGAUUUUAAAAAGGUGAAUCAUUUUUACAACCUCAUCGUUUUAAAAGCAUGUUUCUCUACUAACACUGCAUCACGCAACCACCUACGAACGGUUUGAAACAUCACCCACGAGUACUAUAUUGUGAUACGGUGCACGGGAGACACGGGGUCGGUUCCCUCUAGAAACAGGUAAUAACGCAACGCGACAGGAUAGAAGAUCGACUGCUUUUCAGCUUCUCUUCGACGGAACGGAACAGUGGAAUUGAAAGUGCCACGGAACUUAUGCUUAACGUAGGGAAGCACCGGGAAGGAAACAGUUGGCACCACAGUAAACCAGCUACACAGCCGGGCGCUAGGGUGGAGAAUGUUUAUGUAAAAAAGGGUAUUAUACUUAAAACAACGCACGGAAAGAACUCUGCCAAAUUGCUGCGCCAUUCUGAACGCCAAAUGCGCUUCUUUUGCGCAUCCCUCUUUAGUUGCGUAUGAAGAGUAACAAAUAUCACGAAUAGGCGGGCAACACAAUCCUUGUAUUGACCAAGAUGCUCGAAUACCGGGUCGUUGCCGUUGGCAGCGUCUCCGUGAACCUUCCAUUAUUUAGCGCGUACUACCGAAUGUCCUUUGAUAGAAAACCGUUGGAUUUGAAACGAAACAUUCUUCCUACACAACAGUCCCUGGAACGGAGUCAGCUGUUGAACGAAAGCGGGAAUUGGGAAACAAUUUUACACACGUAAUGCGAAAAUUGUACAAUAAAGCACCGAAAGAUAGUGGACGGACUGGCACGAGCGAUUUGCUCGUAGAAAGGUUGGUAAAAAGCGGUAGGA